UUUUUUUAAUGUUUAAAAAUUGUAACAGUCAAACAGCUUAGGACUUAACCAGCUCAGUGUUUCUGAAAGAACAUUACAAGUAGAGAUUUUUAUUAUAGCCUAAGUACCACAGAGGAGCCUUCAACCUAGAUCCUUACGGAGUUCUUUCCUCAGCUGUGACCUGAAGCUUCGGCGCCUAGCAUGGCAGACAAGCUUCCCACGGAGUUUGAUGUGGUUGUAAUAGGGACAGGCUUGCCUGAGUCCAUCUUGGCAGCUGCAUGUUCAAGAGGCGGACAGCGAGUCCUGCAUGUUGACUCAAGAAGUUACUACGGAGGGAACUGGGCGAGUUUUAGCUUUACAGGUUUACUCUCCUGGCUGAAGGACUAUCAACAGAGCCGCAAUGGUGAGGAAGGCAUGGCCGCUGCGUGGCAAGACCUGAUCCAUGAAACAGAAGAAGCCAUUGCUCUUCGCAAGAAGGAUGAGACUAUUCAGCAUAUAGAAGUCUUCUGUUACGCCAGCCAGGAGUUGGAGGACAGCAUACAAGAGACCGAUGCUCUGCAGAAAAGUCCCUCCCCAGAGGCAUCUGGUACCCUGGCCGACUCUCUGGAUUCUGCAGGCUUGUCCAAAGAAAGGCACUCAACGUACUUUACAAGCUAUGAAGUGCCUUCUAGACACACAGAGAGAAGUGAUGGAGAGCUUUUGCUACCCCAGGCUGAUGCAGAGGAAUCACUGGAGAAAGGGCAGUGCUGUGGAGAUGAACCCGGUGCCCGGGCAGCUUCGGAUGGAGACAAAGAUGAACAUGCACUUGUUGUAGAAGACAACCUUGAGCUACCAAAGAGAAGUAGGAUCACUUACCCUCAAAUGGUGAAGGAGAGCCGGAGAUUUAAUAUUGACUUGGUGUCGAAGCUGCUGUAUUCUCAAGGGUCGCUGAUUGAUCUGCUAAUCAAAUCCAAUGUUAGUCGUUAUGCAGAAUUUAAGAAUGUCACUAGGAUCCUGGCAUUUCGGGAAGGGAAGGUAGAGCAGGUGCCUUGCUCCAGAGCAGAUGUCUUUAAUAGUAAAGAGCUCACUAUGGUUGAAAAGAGAAUGCUAAUGAAAUUUCUUACAUUCUGUUUAGACUACGAGCAACAUUCUGACGAAUGCCAAGAUUUCACACAGCGUUCCUUUUCUGAGUACUUAAAAACCAAAAAAUUAACACCCAACCUUCAACAUUUUAUACUACACUCAAUUGCAAUGACAUCAGAAUCGUCCUGUACUACAUUAGAUGGCCUUAAAGCAACGAAAAACUUCCUUCAGUGUCUUGGGCGGUUUGGCAACACCCCCUUUAUAUUUCCUUUAUAUGGCCAAGGAGAAAUUCCCCAGUGUUUCUGCAGGAUGUGUGCGGUUUUUGGUGGAGUCUAUUGCCUUCGCCAUCAAGUGCAAUGCCUUGUAGUUGACAGAGGCUCUGGAAGAUGUAAGGGGAUCAUAGACCACCUUGGUCAGAGAAUAAGUGCCAGCUAUUUUAUUGUGGAGGACAGUUACCUCUCUAAGGAAACAUGUUCAAACGUGCAAUAUAAGCAGAUCUCGAGGGCUGUGCUCAUCACAGAUCAGUCCAUCCUGAAGACGGAUUCAGACCAGCAGAUUUCCAUUCUGAUAGUGCCUCCUCUAGAGCCAGGAACUGGUUCCAUUCGGGUCAUGGAAUUAUGUUCAUCAACCAUGACUUGCAUGAAGGACAGCUAUCUGGUCCACCUGACCUGUUUCUCCUCAAAAACAGCCAGAGAAGACUUGGAACCAGUGGUGAAGCAGUUAUUCGUUCCCUUUGCAGAAGCAGAAGCAGACGGAGAAGAACUCAGAAAACCAAGACUCUUGUGGGCUCUUUAUUUUAACAUGAGAGAUUCCUCAGGAGUGAACCGAAGUGCAUACUGUGGCCUACCUUCCAAUGUGUACAUCUGCUCUGGGCCUGACUCUGGGCUGGGGAACGAGCAUGCAGUCAAGCAAGCGGAAGCACUGUUCCAGGAGCUCUUUCCCAGUGAAGAGUUCUGCCCUCCUCCGCCAAAUCCGGAAGACAUUAUCUUUGAAGCUGAGGGUUAGCGAGCAGACACUCCCAGAGUCAGUAGUGCACUUACCACCAAGCUAGACACCUCAAGGGCAGGAAGAACUUGUAAAGCCCAGAACACCUUCAACACAAAAACAAGCAGACUGCAAACGCCUUCAUCCUGGCCUCAAAAUACUGUCAUCUGAGAGACAGACGCCAUCUCUCUACUAA